AAUCAGCAUCGACCAGAAAGCAGUUACCAAAUGCUACCCCAGAGAUGCUACCCCAAAAUUUACCAAACCUACGAAGCCAUUAUCUUCAGCUUACAUGAAGUAUUGCAACCGAAUGGCAAGAACGACAAAACAACUGAGAAGACAAAUCAAGUUUUGAAGAAAAACAUAUAAAAAUGGUACGUAUUUCAAUAUUUUAAUAUACAAGAAUUGUGUUGUAAUAUAAUAUUUCAAAAAGUUGACAGUUAAUUAGAACCUUAAUAAUGUCUUGAUAUAAAUAUCGCAUAUUUUUAUGCUUUAAUAUGCAUGGCGGCAUGAUGUUGUUGGAGCGGGCCGAAGCCAAGGUCCCAGCAAAGCCAAAUAAUUUGAGAUAAUAAUGUGCUCAACUCCAGCCUAAAGGCCCAUUCAUACGCAUCCCACAAUGUUGGCCAACACCAUCCAACUGUUUUGAAAUAAUGUUUUAUCUAAAGCAUGCAAAUGUCUGUCUGCCCUUUCAUAUUAUUAUAAAAAGGAAUAUGAAUCGUAUCAGGCCUCUAACCUGUGUGUUGUUCUACUCUGUGCUGCUUCGCAUGAAGCUAUCAACAAAAUCAGCAUACUCAUGCAUUUUGCAUUAGUUGCCUAUUCCUUAACAAUUAUGCAUGAUAACAUAUCAUAUUGAUCAUGCAGGCAAAAGUGAGCUGCCUGCACCUCCCCCCCCCCAUGCACUCCCCCCCCCCAGAAAAAAUAAACAAGACAAACUAUAGUACACUUGCUCUGCCCCGGGAUUUGGGUUUCCUUUGUUAUCAACAAAAGAUCCACACUCCCCCCACAGAGGAAAUUUCUGCCGUCCGGAGGGGAGGGGAGAAAAAAUUAUUUCUGAUAAUAGGCAAAUGUAUUAGGACAUCCGAAGGGGGUAGGGGGGCUAACUUCCAAUUUCUUCAGUGGGGGUGGUAUGGAUGUUUUGUGGAAUGACCCAAUUCUGAACCAAAGAUUCUCAUGAACAUAGAACUCAUGGAAAACUAAUUUCAUAUUAUUCUGACACUGCAGAUUACAAUAAAUGUCAGCAGACCUUGAUUUCCCUGAGCCAUCCUACUGUACUUUAUUUUAUUCUAUCUAACACCAGAUAAUUUUACUCAACAAAGAAAGAGUGCUAGCUACAGUAUAGAUCACUGGAAAGUUCAUAGACGGAUUUUGUGUGGGGGGGGGGGUGCAGGGGGGUGCUACUCCCCCCCCCCCAAUAUUAGCUAUAUGUGGUAUAAUAACUUUAUUAGCAUGACCAACAGUUACAGGUAUUGCUAAAGCUUUAACUACAAUAACUAAACAUACAGACUAAAGUUAACUACUACAGGCUAAAUACGACCUAUUACAAGAUUACAAUAAGUUAAAGAAGCUAUUUACAAGAUAGAGGUCAAAUACGAUAAUAUUGAACUUUAGUGUUCAGCAUCCCUGGUCUCAAGGCGUUUAUCUCUUAGCUCGAAACCGGAAAGAACAAACUUGGAUAGUUUUAGAAUUGUUUCAUUUUCAGUUGACUUUAAUAUGUCAACUGAUACAUUUUGUUCUCUUUGGUAUGUAUUGUUGGCGAGAACAGUGAGGAAGUCUUGCCUAAUAUUGUCAUAGGCAUCACAUGAAAUAAGAAAGUGUUCCUCAUUUUCUAUUUCGUUUGAUUUACAAAGCUUACAUAUUCGUUCUUCUCGGGGAAUGUUGUGGUAUCUACCACAUUCAAUCAUUAAUUUGUGAUUGCUUAUUCGGAAUCGAGUCAGUGAUCUCCUCUGGUUUGUGUUUCUUAUUACGGUAAGAUACUUUUCUAAUUGGUAUUCCUUUUUGAAAGUUGAGUAGAAAUAUAAUUUGGACGAGUGUUCAAUUUGGUGUUUCCAGAAUGUAAUGUAACGUUGUUUAACAGUGUCAAUGAUAGAAUUUAAUGAUUGAGCAGAUAUUGAUUCUAAAUCCACUAUUUGCGAGUGGCAUUUGUAGUGUUUUAAAAUAUCCAUAGCAUUUUUAUAAAAGGACAUUUUAUUAUUCGAGUAAAGGUCUUUUGAUAUUAAGAAAGCUUGUUUUGCAAUUGCUGUUUCAGGUAAUGAAUUCAAGUGUGCUAUAUAGUUGAAUAAUCGUUUGUAUAUACUAAUUUGUAGAGGGAAUUUUCCUAGUUCUCCUCUCGAAGCCAUAUUGCUAGCUUUUUUUCCUACACCUAGGUAUAAUUUACAGAACCGUAGGUGGGCCUUCUCAGUUGGUGACUUAUCCCAUUUGUUGAAAUCAUUUUUGAGAUAAGCACCCCAUAUCUCUGAGUUGUAUAGGAGUAUGGGUGAUAUUAUGCUUUCAAAUAUCUUGAUAGCUAAUUUAGGAUUAAGGUAAUGUAGGUUGAGGUGUCUUCGUAUGUUGCCUAAUGCGUGUAGUGCUUUUUCGCUCAGUUGUUUUUGAGCCAGUGUGAAAGUGCCAUUUGAAUUUAAUUUAAUACCUAAAUAGCAAUAUUCAUUUACUAUUUCGACAUUUUUGGUAUUUAGCAUAAAAUUUGGUUUAAUCAUUUUUGGAUUCCCUUUUUUGAAGAUCAUGAUUUUUGUUUUCUUGAGGUUUACCUCCAUCAGCCAUUUAUUACACCAGUUUUGAAGUUCAUCAAGGCAUUUUUUAAGUCCAAAUCUUGAUUUUGAUAAUAUUAUUAAGUCGUCAGCAUAUAGAAGACAACUCAGUUUAGUGUCGUUUGGAAGGAUAAAUGGGUCUGAGUUAGUAUUUUCAAAUAUUGUUGCUAGCUCAUUAAUGUAUAAAUUAAACAGAAUUGGGCUUAGUACACAUCCUUGGCGUACACCCCUAGAGUAUGAAAAGAAUUCUGUUCUUGAUUUAGAUAGCUUGACUGCACAUUUCGAAUUUGCAUAGAGGCUUUUAAUCAGUCUAAAGAAACUUCCAUCAAUUUUGUUUUCAAGGAGUUUAAAAAAUAGGCCUUCAUGCCAUACUGAGUCGAACGCUUUUUUAAAAUCCACAAAACACGCAUAAACUUUGUCGUUUCUGUUUGUGCUCAUGUGUUUAUCAAAAAGUGUUUUUAAAGUGAAGAUAUGGUCAGCAGUUCUGUGACCAGAUUGAAAUCCAAUUUGGGAUGGGUGGACCAGGUCAUUUUCUUGAGCAUAGCCAUUUAGGCGUUCAUUAAGAAUUAUGCAGAAGAAUUUGCUCAGACAACUUGUGACACAAAUUCCUCUGUAGUUAUUGGUGUCAUUCUUAUCUCCAGAUUUAAAGAUGGGUGUUAUUAGGCCUUCACACCAUUGGUCUGGAAAACGUCCAAAUUCUAAGAUGAGAUUAAAUAAUUUAUAGUAACCAUGAAGGAGAAUUUCUACACUCGAUUUGAUCAUUUCAUUUUUUAUCUUAUCUGAGUAUGCUGAUUUUCGUUUUUUUAAUUUCUUGGCUGCAUUAAGAAUGUCGCUUUCAGAAAUAGGGUUAUCAAGAAAAUUAUUUUCUUUUUUGUUAUUCUUGAGCAUAUCUAGUUGUUGUAAAAUAUUUUCUUGUUCAGUACCUAGAUUAUGUUUUGCAUGUAGCUGUUUAAAAUGGGAAACCCAAUUUUGGGUAGUUAUAUCAGGUGAACUAGAGGAAAAGUCAUCAUAGCUAUCACAAAAUGUCCACCCCUCCAAAUUUUCAAUCCCCCCCCCCCCCAAUAUCCAGCAUAAUAAAAAAAUAAUUAAAUAGUCCACUCCAACGUGCAAAGUGUUGAUGAUACAAAAUAAACGUAGGAGUACACUCAAAUAGAAAAAGACAGUGCAAUACUCUGAAACUAAUUGCUCCUCGCUUGCAUUCACUGGUUUAUUGGAGCAAUUGUAAAGUUUUGAAACUCUAUAAUUUAUCUCCCCUGAAAUAUAGAGUUUGCAGUGCCUUGUCAUGCAAAUAGCUUGCUUGCAAGGAACGUUUAAUUGGAAUUUUUAUGAACAUUGUUUUUAGUUUUUAAUUCUUUUAGGAAAUAGAUUUGCCUAGAUUUAAUCUUUAUGCCCCAAAUAUUAUUUACAUCGGAGUUGCAUCAUAAAUUGUACUCGGAUUCAAACGACACAAUGUCAAUCAAUGACUUUAUAAAAGUAAAAGCAUAUUGUGUAUUGGCCUAUUGGGUUUACACUUUUACAGGUUCAUUUAACUUUAACUCUCUCAAGUCUCAACAGACAAUCGGACAUGCCAAAUCCAUUGAUAUGACAACUUCAAAAAACUUUUUUUCGAAGCUAGAAAUCAUGAUUUUUUUCCAGGGAUACUUUGUUUUCUCUUCUCUAGACUCCCCCUCGCGGCUUUAGUGUUCCACCCCUAGAAUAUAGACCUUACUGGGGUUUGGUGACACUUUGUGUUGCUUCAGUCACCUGUUCACAGCUCACCCCCCUAAAAUAUUUGGCACCACCCCAGUAAAAAAGUGAAAAUUCGUCUAUGGGAAAGUUAACAAUCCCGUCCUGUCCCGUGGGACAGUAAUCCCGUCCCGUGAAUAUUAAAAUCCGGAUUUAAAAUAAAACGUUAAGAAAUAUGACCUUUCGCGCCUAAUUUCCGAACUUGGAAACAUAAUUGACAAGUUCUCAAUGAACUUGGGAACUGCGCAUUGAAAAGUGACUUGAAAUCGACAAUAACCAAGGUCUUCAGUAGCUAUAUUAAUCCAAAGUGGUUUCUGAAUAUGUAUACUUACCUGCAGAAAGAUAUAAAAUGUAGGCUAGAAAAUCUUUCACGCUUCAACAUAACAAAAUCUUUAGAUUUUCGUUUAAUUUCUCCGCCACCUCCGACCACAACAACAUCUUUUGUCGCUAUUCGUGAAACGCUAUACAACCGCAUACUUUGAAAGUUUAGACUCUUUAGUUAGUUCACGAAGCAUUUUGAGACUUUUUUCUUUCAAUGUGAACACUCUAAGACAGAUGACAGAUCAGUGAAGUUUUUGCAGGACAGAACAAACUGGCUGAAUGAAAAGCUUGCGACCUUGUAUCGGCUUUUAUUAGCGCGUUCGGGAUUAUUUUGGGGUCGAUGACUCACAUUGUUUGUCAAAAACAGAACAUCAAUCGGUUUUCGGCAUUGUCUAUUGAGAAGACACACGCAUACCAAAGACAGUGGGCGUUUUGUCUUCAUUGGUUAUUGUCUUCUGAAAUCAAUUGCUAUUUUUAUCUCUAGAUCACUGAUUGAGUCACAAUUUCAGUUAUAUAUGUCCUACUUUAUUAUUUUAAAAACUCUGUUCAAUCCCAGACAAUUUUACUCAACAUGGGACAAGCAGACAGAUUUUCUGGAGGGAUGCAGGGAGUGCACCCUAUCGCCACUUGCUCAGUGGUGCAGCACUACCCCUUUGCUCACCUCCCUCCUGAAUUUUUGGCACUCCAGUGCCCCACCCAGAGCAAUUUGAUGUGUUAUCAGCAGUCCCUCCUUUCUCCCGAGGGACUGCUCACGGUCUAAUCUUUAACCUUUGCCAUUUCCAACACCUCAACCUAAUGUUUCCCUCGCCAAAUCCGUCACUUAAGCCCUAAUAGUUUAUGAGAGUUGAAAAGCGAGAGUUUGCAUGAAAGUUUUCCCAACUCUCAUGGCCCGGUCAAACGAGAACAAUAGUUGCGUGAGAGUUGACUGGGUAUUACCGCGCGCUUAGCGAAAACUUUCUUCAACACUCAUCAAAAUUUGAACCAGAUCAAAGUUGAUAAGAGUGCAAGAGAGUUGAUGAGAGUUGGCGGUUAAACACGAGCAAGAGUUGCAACUCUCAUUAACUCUCAACCUCGUUUGUCCACUACCGGACGACAUCCUGUACUGAAAACAAUUUUUGUGCCAUGGCUCAUGCCCCAGAGUGUGAAGAGAAAUUACACAAACUUGCGGCUCGUAAAUGUAUGAACUUGCGCUUCUACUCCGGGACAUGUAUCUGAGGGCAACACCUGACCUGUCGUUCCUGAGUCUUUUCGUCGAGAAUUAUUUAAUAUCAUCCAUUUAGCUCAUCAGGACACGUUUUGUUUGGAAUUGCCUACAUUAAGAUGUCCGUUGAUGGAAGACACACCACGACCCACUGCAGACAUUUGACCUUCCGGAUGGCCGUUUUGAGGACAAUCACAUUGACAUUUUAGGUCCAUCUCCGCCAUCCCAGGGGUUUUCUUGCUUUCUUACCUGCGUUGGUCGCUACACUCGUUGCACCGAAGCGAUCCCCGUCCUAGAUAUGACAGCAGAAUCUUGUGCCCGUGCCUUGAUGGCGGGCUGUAUCGCGCAAUUUGGUAUUUCCAGCACCAUUAUGUCCGACCGUGUUGCUCAGUUUGAAUCCAAUCUUUGGUAUAGUCUCUCAUGGAUAUCCAGGGUAUGAAACGUAACAGAACUACUGCAUACCAUUAUUAUCGAGAGCUAGCUUCCAUCGCCAAUUGAAAGCAUCACUCAUGGUGCGUUCAGACGUCGAAAUUAGCACGAUAAAUUGCCAAUUGUGAUAGAAUAGAAACUUUAUUUCACGAGGGAAAACGUAUUAACCAUAAAAGUUAUCUAACAUACGGUAAUGUUUCAAUUGAUGUUACGGAGAUGCUUGGGAUAAGGACCUUAUUGAAAGAUGACCUUGAAUGCGGUUCCACUGAACGGAUCUAUAAAACAACCCAACGUUGCUCCUUGGCUGACUGUGAGACGUGAAACAACGCCCACUUCAAACGCAACAUCACGGAAAGCGUUACUUUGUGCUGAUGCUUUAAAACAUGCUACGUAUGUGUUCGUCCGUCAUGAUGCGCUUAAAACGACCUUAUGAUAGGCCCUGGAAUGAAAAAUAUAGAAUGGAUGCCAUGGCACAGUGAAUCAAUUGAUAGCCUUAAUCCAGCAUUUCUAGACCUGACGCAAAGAGAGCGACUGCCUCAACCUCUGUAGUCUGUAGGACUUACUGUACCGAUGAGUGGCGAUGACUCCAACAUCUCUAAUAAGAACAUGGUCUCCCCUACAUUGAACUUACUAGUUCGGCUACGCCCUGGGGGAAGAGUAUAAUUGUAGUUAGAGGCUACUCCAUGAACAGACUUAAUUAAGAAACAUCCUGACAUAAGGAAAUUACUAUUUAUGUUGUUAUUUUGUUCAACUUCGGCUUAUCCAGAUGAUAUUGUAUUUUUGAGCUGGAUCCAGGCUCAUCUGAAAGAAUGGGUGUCAUAAUUUUUCAGCAAGGCCAAGGACAAGGUGUAGAUUUUUUACACUUCAUAUGUAAUCAAAAUGUCAUCAAUGGUGAAAAUAAUUUCAGUAUGGACUGGUUGAUCCUUGAAGCAAACUUAUUCUGGGAAUACACACUCCUCUCGGCCAGCAAAUUUGCCAAUAAGCACAUAUUGAAAUUUUAGAUAACUUCCCGCAUGAAAAUUAGGGAUGAUUGGGAAUUGGGAUGAACUGGCCAUAUUCGCCCAUUAGCGGCAUUACACAGAAAUAAUAAACAUAGCAUUUUAUUGUAUACAGAUAUACAGUAUGUUAACCGAUGAUGAGCCCUGUCACAUUUCCAGGAUCCGAGCUUAACACUGCUUGCAAUUGUUCGUGAAAUGAUUCUCCAAUGUACAGUCACCAUAUUCAAGUUGCUUGAUGAAGGGUGUAACCCCCCUGAAAAUGUCUUUAAUCUACGGUUGUUUUGCUUGACUGUCUGUAAUCAUGAUAAUGAUCGUUACGUUUUUCUUCUAUUUUACAGGCGGAACGGAAACAGGUUAAUAAGUACUAUCCUCCCGACUGGGACCCAUCCAAGGUACAGUAACAAUUGACACAGAAAAUAUAAAAUGUUUCAUUUUACAAAUUUAACUAUAUAUGCAAGGUAAACAGUCCUCUUGUUGUUGUAAAAAUCUAUGAUGAGUUAUUUAUUGAUUCGUCGAUUUUUCAAAACAUAGUCACAGAAUUGUGUUGUGAAAACAUAUACACUGUAACAAUAUAUUGGUUAAAACAACCACCAAAUUGGUUAUCUCAGAUUCAAAAUGAAGCGUAAGCUUAGAAUUCCAACGUGUCUUGCGAAGGUCUUCAACAGAAGAAUUAGUAAGAACAUACAGAUAAACCAAGCCCGUAGCUGGCUCUCAAUUUCUGGGGGGGGCACUCACUGCAUAAAGAAUGUAACCGACCUUUUAGAUGUAAAAAAAUUUUUUCCGGAAAUUAUUUUGGCGACCUCCCCCCCCCGUCGCCAAAAAAAUUUCGGUCAUUGUACCAUUUUAGGGUUCAAAAAUUUUUUCCGGACAUACCAAUUUUUCCGGACAUUCUCAAUUUUUCCGAAACCUAACAAAAUUUUUCAAAAAUCACUAAAUUUUCAACAAAAUUUACAGAAUUUUUUCCAUUUUUACAAUUGAUUCCCAGGCCCUUUAUCUCAAUUUUUCAUACCCGAUUUCCGAGUGGGGGGGCACUGCCCCACCGAGUGAGGGGGCAUUGCCCCCCCAGGCCCCCCCCCCAGCUACGGGCCUGAGAUAAACACGUUUAUAGCAAAGCUACAAGGGCAAUAAUUUGAAAUAUCCUAUUGCAAAAUAUCCAUGAAACUUGUUCUAACUAAUAUUGUAUGAAAUAUUUUCAGGGUUCUGUCAACAAACAUGUUGGCCAACAUCCUCUUCGUGAAAGAGCUAGAAAACUUUCUCAAGGAAUUUUGAUUAUCAGGUAAGCAUUUCCUUAUAUACUCUAAUGUUUUGUACUGUCAUUUGUGUUAAACUGUAACCAACUUUAAUACCACUGAAUAUGCAUCUAGCAGUUCUGAAGUGCACUCCCAAGAGGUCCUAUAUAAGGGCCUAUAUAUAUCUCUUAAGGCCAGUCGCACGACACGAUUAGUCGUAUACAAUUUUUAUUCUGGCGAACGUAAUGGAAUAACCACGCCUUAACACUUUUCACCUUUAACUGAUUGAAGAGGAAUUGUAGCGUGAGCAUAAUUUUCAUACAGCAGAAUUACAAUCUUAUAUGACAAAUCGUAUCGUGUAGACCUGCCUUUACAGUAGUAGUCCAGUGAUACUAUAAUUAUACUGGAGGAAACUGAACUACCCUAGAUUUAGAUUAAGACAUGCAAAAUGUACAGCUUGGCUUUCUUCUUCAUAUUAAACCAUCACCGGUUAUUUCUCGAAAUUACAGACCAAAAUAUUUCUUCCUUAGUACUUACUGUCGAAAUGUCAAGAGAAAGGUUUCUUGCUUUCUAACAAUAUUUGGAUAAAAUGACAAAACCUAACUUUAAAAAUUUCAGAAGAUUUAAAUUCCAGAAUCUUCAGAGAGAGACGUCCUCGGAUCUCCAGACGAGUGUUAUCUUCGGCACCACAUGGCCGCCUACUUCUUUCAAAAUUACUCCUCCAAAUUCUAUAGGAACCUUAUAUAUUGGAACUUUACAUAUUGGAAUAUUAUACGUAUAUAAAUAUAUACGUAUAAUAUUUCAACUGACACAAUAUUCAUAUUAAUAUCAUAAUCUUAAUUUUUUUAAUAAACCUAGAUUUGAAAUGCCAUAUAAUAUUUGGUGCGGAGGAUGUGGUAAUCAUAUUGGAAUGGGUAAGACUGUCUUAUUGUUCUUGGUCUUCAUUCUUUGUAUUCCACUCGACGUUUUACGGGGGUUUACGACACAUUCGUGACGUGCAUGUAUGUUGCAUGUACGCGCAAGUUACACGUGACGCACACGUCAUAUACAGUACACGUGUACUGGAGACAAUCCGUAUAAAGACUGUUUUACACACGUAAAAACGCACAAGUUGUAACAAGUCUGCAAACAAGUUGUUACACGUCUGUUCACAAGCUGUUAACAAGUUGUGUUCGCAUUGCUUGCUCCCUGUUUGUUGUAACAAGUUUGAAACAAGCUGUUAACAACUUGUAACAAGCUUGAUGGCAUUAUCAGCCUUGUUGCAAACUGUGCUAACAAGUUUGUUACAGCCAUGAUAUAACAAGGAUGUUACAAGGUUGUCAACACAAGGUUGUAACAAUCUUGUUAUAUCAAGCAUGUAACGGACUUGUCAGAACAACCUUGCAACAGGUCUGAUAAUUUCGACAAGGUUGUUACAAGUUGUCAACAAGUUGUUCCAAACUUGUUGACAACUUGUGACAAGCAGUGCGAAUACAUCUUGUUGACGGCUUGUUGGCAGACUUGUUACAAGAUGUGAGAUUUUUACGUGUGUAUGAGGGACUUCAUGUUGGUCUUUGGAUGUUAGUUUGGAUGUUAGAUUUUGGCAAAAUGUCAGUUCUAAAAUUGCUGUUUCGUAGUUUGUCAUUUAAAAAUAAUUGGUUAGUUUUAAUUCCAAAAUACAGGCAAAUAUCAGAAGUCAACCCUAUUCAACUUUUUUUGUUACAUUUGCGAAGAUGUCGCAAGUGUGCCGCUUAUUUCUUUGCGCUCUAAUGUUGUUUUGUCUAUUUAGGUGUACGUUACAAUGCAGAGAAAAAGAAAGUUGGUAAUUAUUACACAACACCAAUCUACAGAUUUAGAAUGAAAUGUCAUCUUUGUGAUAACUACAUUGAAAUUGAAACUGAUCCUAAGGUAUUGUAAUGCCAUUUAUACGUUACCUUUUUUAAUGCACGAACAUGGCUAAGCAGCCAUAUAUAUACUAUCAGGAUAACUGUUGAGAUGGUAAGCGCAAUAAACAGCGGCGUAGCCAGCCCGACAAUUUAGUCCCGCUAUGCAAAUUCAAAAUUAUUAUCAUUAUUCAUUUCUGUAGAAAUUGAUUGUUUUCACAGUCAAUGAACACGAAAAUAUUUGCAUAGCGGGACUAAAUCGUCGGGCUGGCUACGCUAUUGACAAUAAAUACGGUCUACUACUAUAUUUAUAAUAUAGCAUGUGUAAAUUCUAAACUCUGAUUGGCUAAGAGCCGUGUUGAUAUUUAACAAUUAUUCGCCGAAGGCGAGGUGAUUAUCGGGGAAUAUUCGCCGAGGCGAAGUCGAGGUGAAUAUUCCCAGAUAAUCACCGAGUCUGAGGCGAAUAAUUGUUUUAGUAUUUUUACAGAAGUCUUUUGUGUUUUUGGGACUGAAUUUAUUUUAAUUUCGCUUAUUUCUUUAUCCGUAACUUCCACAAAACGGCUAGCCGCCAUUUUGAAAAUUUCGGUUUUGUUAUAUUCACCUGUAGGUGAAUAUAUAACUUAAUACGUCAAAUUUGACCAAUCAACGUGUAGGAUUUGUUAUGUUCACUUGUGCAAAAAUACUAAAACUCAAUGUCAACACGGAAAAUUUCUUUCUUUAUAUUUCUUUGUGCUAUAUUAUAAAACAAAUAUAAAACAUUUUUUCCGUAUUGAUAUACAGUUAUAUCCACACUGCAUACUCGUGGAAAUUGGGAAAACUCGACAUCGUGUCUCCACACAAUUUCUCGUUUUCCCAAUUUCCACUCGUGUUGGUAAAACUGUAUGUAUAUCAACACGGAAAAUAUUUUAUAUUUGUUAAAUAAUAAGUACUGGCAAAUAUAAUCCUUGCAAACGACGUAAAUUUGCACUGAAAAAGGUAUAAUAAUUAAGAACUUCAAGACUGUUUGGAACAUAAAAGUUAUUCAGAAGUGUAAAGUAGUGUAUCUUUAUAUCGUUUUUACGAUCACUUAACAAAAUCCUAAAAUCUAGACUCCGAAAUUACAAAGUUGGCUGUCUUCCACCUUUGCUAGAUCGCUUUCAAUUGAGUUCAGGCAAUUAUUUUUUCUUGAGUUUUGAAAAUCAUUACGCUAUCAAAACUUCGAACGCUACAAAGCAGACUGUCUCACGUGUUUCUUCCUAUUUUCGUCUCACAAAUUCCGGCAACCUACAUAAAUACACAGUUAGUACAAUACAUAAAUUGAACAUUUUUGUAGCUUUAUGAAGAAAGGCCCUUGAAAGGAAUAUGUACAAUCCAAUAAAUUCCAGAAGUUUCUUUUUAAGUAACUUUUAAACUUUUAGAAGUUUUAACCAACUGUCAUUACAGUAGUAAAGUAUGCUAUUUGGUGUAACUAACAAUCUCUCUGUUUUCUUAGUUAUCAAAUUAUUUUAUAUACACUACAUAUAUAUAUAUAUAUAUAUAUAUACUGUACAUGAAUUUAGAAGACCACGUUUGUGUUGACACAUAAUUAUUUUAUUAUUAAUAUAUUGACUAGAACUGUGACUACACGAUUGUGGCCGGAGCGAGAAGAAAAGAAGAACGCUGGGAUCCAGCUGCCACAGAGAACGUGAUUGCUACAGGUAACCUUUCCUUGUGUUAAUAGUUCCUGACAGCAGUGAUGAGCACUAGGAGGAGCGAGAGACCUCCAAACGUCUUUGAGUGAAAACUGAUUAUCUGUUGACAAUGGUGUAUCAUGAAUGACCACCAACCAUGCAUGAGAGCCUUAAUCAUAUUGAGUUCUAUAUUGAACACAAAAUAUACUAUUAACAUGAGACUUAGGGAAAGUUUGUUCCUAAACAUUUUGAAGCCUUAAUCAUAGAUAUCUUAUAUACACUAGAUUGUGCAUCUAAUUAUUCUGCAAUUCAAGAAUUGAAGCCGUGAUUGCAAUCUCAGGUCGUUCCCAUGAAAUGAGAAGAUUCGUAUGUUUUCUAUUUCUUAAACAGGGAACCUAAACACUAAGUUAACCCUAUUCCAAAUACAUUUUUAAACUAUUCAAAUGAUGAAAGUUAUUGUUGUUUUUAAGCGUUUAUUAGCAAGUGGGAACGACCAACAUGGCCGCCAUCUAUUCAAAUGGGGGUAACCGCUGGAAUAUUCUUGGCUUCAAUUUUACUAAAAGAGAUGCGCUAUCUAGUGUACAUAAGAUAUCUAUAUGGCCUUAAUAGACUACUGUAUAAUUUAAACAAUUUGCGUAAAAUCUAUGGGAAAAUGUUUUAAAAACUCAAUCAUUUUAAUGACUUAAAAUCCCCGAUAUUUCCCAAGUGUCAUCGCCACUGUCUGACAGCAUUGCCUAAUGUCUGAGCAUCUAUAGAUCGGGUUGUACGUAAAAUAUGCGUCCAUCAGAUAAAUCUGUUUUAAAAUGUUUCAUGUGUGUUUCAACAGAUCAUGCUGACAAACAGAAGUUGAUUGAUGAUGCAAUGUUCAAACUGGAACAUGGUGAAAAAGAUAAGCGGAAAUCAAAAGCUGCAAUACCUGGACUGGUUCAAAUCAAAGUUAGUGGCAAUACUCAUUCUUUACACAGCUACUACAUGCAUGGAUGUAUACUGUAUGUAUUUUUAAAUUCUUCACUUCGUCCUCAUACUGCAAUAUUGGGUUGGAGAAUCUACUAGAGAUGAGGCGAUUAAUCGGAUUUACCUCCCGGUUUUCUUCCGCUUUGUCAGAGCAAAAAAGAGCUUUUCACCUUUGAGGUCGUUAGUUCGAUUCUAGCUACGGACUCGUGUGAAAAGAGUCAGUCAAUGCUCUGUGGAAAGUCGUGGGUUUUCUCCGGGCACUCCACUUUCCUCCCACCGGGAACGUUCACAGGGUGGAUUAGGAUAAACACAGUUAGUUUAGGAAACCAAUAUCACAAUUGUUGUAAAGAAAAAUAAUCUAGGCAAGUACUAGGUAAUUUAAGUAAGUGUAUUACUUGACGUAAUUAAUCGAUCACUGCAACGCCCCCAUGGGGGAUGAGCUGAAUAACGUAUAAUGUAUAAUUCUAUUUCUGUAUACAAUAUACUUGACUAAUUGUAUGACAUUGACAUUGGUAAAGAUUCAUUUUAUUCAUAAUGAUCAUUCCGAGUUGCAAACUUAAGCAAACGUAUCAUCAAACCUGUGGUCAAAUUCUAGAAUGUUACGAAAUGAGCUCAUAUAUUUACAACAGCUGUAGUUAUUCGUUACGGCUUGUUCUGUGAUUCCAGAAUGGUAGAAGCCUUACAUGUAUCUUGCUAGAAAACAUGACUACAAGAUCUUAAAAGGAUCUUAAAUCCCUUCGUCGACAUCCUAGGAUCCUACUAAACCUUCUGACAAUCCUGGUUAGGAUCCUAUAAAUUAAGCCAAUUUGCAAUGGUCAAAAUCCUGGUUAUAUAAGAUCGUACAAAUUAAGGCAAUGGUCAAAAUCCUGGUUAUAUAAGAUCGUACAAAUUAAGACAAUGGUCAAAAUCCUGGUAAGGAUCCUUCCGUACAUAUACGACAUGGGAUUUGUAUCAGGAAAGGAUCCUGGAGAAAUUCCUUUGUUCAAGAUUCUGUUUUUGUAUAAUAUCCUGGACAAGGUCCCUUUCCUAGACAUGAUCAUAUCUUGCUCAAGAUUUCCGGAGGGUACAAUUUCUCGAUAGUACAAAGUAGAAUAGUUUUUUUUAUUCUGAUACAGUUUUUUUAUUAAGGAUAUGCAAACACAAUGGAAGGAUGAUUUUGCACUCAAUCAAAUGCUUAGAAAGAAGUUUAGACAAGAAAAGAAAGUGAUUGUACAGAAAGAAGAGAAAGAUCAGGAAAUCAAAGAUAAAGGAGGCUUAGAUCUUGAUCUUGUCAACGAAGAUCCUGACGAUAUCCAACAUGCUAAAAACAUCAGAUUUCGCGCGGAAGGUAAGAGUACUGUAUUUUCUACUGUUAUACACACGGGAAGUACGAUAUCUGGACAUAAAGUCUUGUUGUCGUGAUUGAGACCUUGGCUUUUGGAGCUUUUAUCUUGUUACUGCUGCAUGCUGUACAGUGUAAUUAUUUUCUAUCACUGAUAACAAGGUCUUAAUUAUGAAAACGAGGCUUUAUAGCCAAGAUGAUACAAUCUCCGGAAUUGCAAUUAUUCUAAUAAUGUAUCAAUUAUAUGCAAUAAGCUGGGUUUCAGUCACGUGAUACGUUUAGCGCUUGAUGGUCAACUCCAAAUGGAAACACAUUUAUAGGAGCGAGUUAAAUAUUCAUUAUAAAUAUUGAUCUUGUGUUUGGUAUCAAAUAUAUGCAAUUUAACGAAAUUUACUGACUUGCUUACACAAGGCAUAAAGCGGCAAUAUGUGUAAAGUUGACCAACAAAUGUUUCCCUAUUGUAUAUACAGGUAAGUCUUAAGUGAAACCCACCUAUAGUCGGCGGGUCAACUUCGACCACUGGGGCCGGUUGUUCGAAAGCCAACUGACUUAAUCCUAGUUUAAAGAAAAUUUCAAAGCAAUCUCCCUAACAACCUGUUUAGAAACAUGAAAUAGUUUCCACAAUUCAUCUCUGGAUCAAUAGAAGUUUUAUUUUCGAAAGUUUAAUAAACAGUUUAGUGCAAAUAUACCCAAACCAAAACAGCGGGUAAGAUUUUAAUCCAGGGUUAGUGUUAAUCCAGCUUUGAACGACCAAUCCCUGGUCAAUAUUUUUUAUAUAACUGUAUUAUAUGCUAACUUUAUUUGGCUAAACCCUUAUCUGUGGUUUCCUUUCAGGAUACGGGGAAGAAAAACGAAAAAGACGACUGCAAAUUAAAAGCAGACCAAUGUUCUCUGAAACGUCUGAUAAAAACAAUCAUCGUGCCAGUUUGCUUGAAAAAAGACAGAGAAUGAUGUUACCUAGUGGUGCAAAUGCUUUAACCACAAUUUUUACCAAGAAUAGUGAGGAUUUAGGGAUAAGGAGGAAGACUCAGAGUGAUUUGAAAGAGAAGGAAUGUUCUGUAAAUGAGACAGAAAAUACGUUUGACGUAACUACUGGUGAAAAUUUAACCAACAACUGUAUAUCUAAAACGAACCUUGAAAGUACAUUAAAUAAGAACGAAUGUAGAAAGAGUGAAUGUUUAGAACUUAAAAAUGAAUCUCGCGAAGAGAAAAUGAACCGUCCUUUAGAAGAUAGUACUGAAAAGGUGAUAAUACCGAAACUCAAUCAAGACGAGAAACGUUUAGAAUGUGAUACACACUUAGAUGUCAAUUCAGAAACGUCCCUCAAGCCCCUAGCUGUUCCUGCCAUGAGUAAUCAUCAAAAAGCAAGAGAAGAUGGAGACAAAACAUCAAAUGUUAACAGUUCGAAUAUUUUACUUGAGGAAGACGAUUAUCAGUCAAAGAGACGAAAAAUUUCGUUAGUGUCCGAGAUGUAUAGCGAUACAGAUAGUGACAGUUCUAAAUAAUUAAUAUAUAUAUAUUUAUUAUAUUUAUUAUAUUUAUAAAUCCGGCUAUUAAAUCAGGUAACAUAUUUAUAAUGUUUGUAAUUGUAUAAUAUAAAUCCCGUGAAUUAACUUGAUCGUACUUGUCUGCCGAUUGUCAUGUUUCGCCAAGUAUAAUCACAAGUUCAUUGCAUGCGUAAAGGACCAUUAAUAAUGGGGCGGUCUCAGACUGAAAAAUAUGUGACAAGGGGCAACCCAAAUUUUUUAAUACUUUCCUAUACUGAUUUUCAAUCUCUCGCCUGUAUUCCACAAAAUAUUUCACCUUUUUUAGUUCCUAUAAUCGUAGAUUCCAUAGUUUAUUAUAUAUAUGCAGUUCACCACAGGAGUCGGAGUGAAUAACAACCAUUUUGAAUACUGGCCCUCUAAUAUUUAGGCUGCACAAUGUCUUUGUCAACACUAGUACUUUGUCCCAUUACCUAUUUUACACCAAAAAAUAUAACGAAUUACAUGUAAAUGUUGGAGCGGGGGGAAGUCCUAAAUUUUCUAGGUGAAGGUGGGGGCAUCUUGAAAAUAAAGGUCUGACCGAUCAGGGGCGGCUCUAAAAAAGUUCAAUAUUUGGUAUUUGUCACCCACCACCCCCCUCCAAUUAUUAAUGACCGGUCCCUUAUUAGUAUUUUACAUUUAUAUGCAUUCAAAAAUUUGAAAACUGACUAUUAUACAUAUAACAUUGUCAUUGGUAUAUUAGCUUGUCAGAUACAGUAACCAAGUUAAUGUUUGGACAGUAAAUAUGAUGCUAUUUUUAUUAGCAUUUACUAAUUUACUUAUUCAGAUACCAGAGUACAUUUACCCAUGUAUCACCAGGGACUCCAGGGGCAGGGAUACAAUACGUCCUGAAUUCUAUCUAAUAUAUAAUAAAUGAGUUAAUUUAUAUAAAAAGUCAUAUAAUAUUAAUAUUCUAUUGUUAAUAUUUCCCUAUAUUUAAAAAUAUCCAACCAUUUUAACAGAUAGAAGGCCCUGGGUACGAGGUUGUAUCAGGGAGGGACGUGAUGGGGUCUUGAAGGACAAUGAAUGAGCAACGUCUGAUGGGGCCCAGGCCCAGUGACGGAUGGAUCAAGAUUGGGGGGGGGGGGGUAUUACUAAUCAAACAUGAAACAUUGCAGUAGCUAAUUAAUCUUUUUCCCCCAAGAUUAUUAGCGGUAAUUUGAUAAAUUUUUCGGUAAUAUUUUCGUAAAUUUAGAUUUUUAAAAUAUAUUAAAAUCAGUGUAGUAUCUUAAAUUAAUGUUGAUUUUCAAAAUUAAAAUCAUGAUUCGAUAUUUUUUAUCUUUUCCAAUGUUUUAAUUUUAGGGGCCCAUGAUGGCAGGGGCCCACAAUACGUUCUUGUCGGCUCGUCCCUAGCCAGCACGUCCCUGGGUUGUAUAGCACUAUCCGACAAAUUCUACUGAAGUAGUGCAAAUCUUUUUCAGUUUUUUCACUGUUGUUUAGAUCGGCGAACAGUGGUUUUCAACAUGCAGUUAGGUGCUUCUUGACCAUUGAUGCAAAAUUUCACUAUCAGUUCUCCCUGUGCAGUAGGCACAAAUUCAAACACAUGUGUUCCAUCAUUACGAUCAAUUUCAUCAUGGACAUUUACUGCUGCAUAUCCAGUAAAUUCUGCUUUUAUUUUCUGUCCACCAUAUUUGAUGUCACAGUUAUUACUGUCUUUACAUGUCACAGUUAUCACUGCUUUUUCUCCUUUCUUCGGGUGCUUUGGCUCUAAGGAGGUAGUGCAACAUUCCAGACAGACGUCAUUAGCCACCAAAUGAGAUUUAGCCAGAAAUGUCUUGAAAUCCUCAGUGGCGGUCGAUGAGACCAGAAACUUCAUGUCGUCGUCUACUGAAAGUUGCUCAUUUGCAAAUGGGAUGUUUUCUACGUUUGCUGAAACACAUUUCCCCGUGUAUAGAACUUUCUCAUAUUCCAUACUUUUAUAAGUCAUUUCUAGAUCACCAAUGUUCUUUUCUACACGAUCCUUUGUCUUCCGAUCAUUGUCAAGUUUCCUGUCAAUAAUUCCUAAUUUGUGGUUUGUUAAUACAUCAGCUGUAUCAAGGAAUUGUUGUUUUUGCAACUCCAAUAUUUCCUGAAGUGAUUCAAAGUGCUGCGUGAUUUCACCAUGGACUCGCUUGUUUUUCUCUGUGAUAACUUCUUUCAGCAUUUUAAAGUUUGAAAUGUCGUCAGUCAGUUCGACGUUUUGCUCUCGAAGUGUCACAAGUUUUCUUACCAAGCUUUUCUUCAUCUCUUUAGCAAUGACGGCAAUAGGACAGCAUUCGUGUUUAUGAUGAUCUUGUAAUUUGCAGAGCUUGCAUGUCGGUGUUUCACAAGUUCUGCAGUAGUACUUCAGUUGUUCUUCCUCAUGUAUUCCACAGAUUGUGCUGGUGCCAGGGAUGUCUUCAUCCGAUGUUAUAUGUAACUGUUCCAAGUUUUCCAAGAUAUUAUUGACGCGAUGGUUCAUUCGCAUAAAUUGCGAUAAAUCGGGUGGAUUGCCAACCU